UUUCGCCGUGGUGCCCGUUUUUUAUUUUGUGUAAUAUAAAAUUGUUUGUAUAAAAACACAGUUAUUAUCAAUGCACAAACGUUCUAUGUGCAAUGUGAAUGUGUCACAUCAAUCUUACUAUGCUAAAACUAUGAAAGUAAAGCGCUGAAACGCGUCGCCCAAUAAGUCGUCGCCGCAGUCGUCGUCCAUUUGUUUACCCUUUGUCUUGUCUUGUGUUCUUCUUGUUCUACGUGCGAUUUUUUUUUUACGUGUCUUCCGUGUUCAACCUGCAUACAAAAUAUCUCGGCGUUGUGACGUCAUAAAACACAACAAACAACACGCCCCGCGCACCAGGAAAGGAAACGUUGACCUAAGCGACCGAGUGACUGCGAAAUUGGAAUGUGGAAGUGCCACAAGUGCGGCAAACCCGUUUACUUUGCGGAACGUAAACAGUCUCUGGGCUACGACUGGCAUCCGGAAUGUUUGCGUUGCGAGGAGUGCGGCAAGCGUCUCAAUCCCGGCCAGCAUGCAGAGCAUAAAGGAGUGCCUUAUUGUCAUGUGCCCUGCUAUGGUGCGCUGUUUGGUCCCCAGCUUUUUGGUCACGGCACGCGUGUUGAGUCACACAAGAGCUAUGGCGUUAAAGGCACCCAGAAACCCGUUGCCGCACAGGUUAAUGGACCCGCCUUGCCGCGCGAUCACUUGGAGUCCAAGCUAAAGGUCUAUAAUCAGUUUUACGACAAUAAAAGUCUCGAGAUACGCAGCAGGGAAGUGAACAAUCGCUUGGUGCUUGAAGGACCGCUGCGUGUCUUCUGGGGCGUCCAGGGCGUCAUACAUCUGAAGGAGGACGACGAUCAGCGCACGUUCAUAGUGCGCAAACGUAAUUCGUGUCGCACUUCCAAAGCAGCGGAUGAAAGCUGCUCGGAUAAGGAGAAUGAGGCCAGCGAUUCGGUGGCACCGCCUACAACAACAGCUAGCGAGGUGGAUCCGCUCUCCACGGACAUUUCACUCUCAGAGAGCAUGACCUUUGAUUCGUGCAGUUUAAAUGAGAUUUCCGAGCUGCCGACAACGCCUGAAGAUGCCUCCGCCAACACAACAGGCAGUGGACAGUUGCCCAAUGGUCAGUCAUCGAAUGCGGACAAUGACGAGGAGGAUACAACCACAACGGAUUCGUCGAGCACGUUGAUUGGCAGUGGCACCGAAGCGGUUACGGCCAGCACAAGUUGUGUGUCCAGCACGUUGCCUUCGAAGCUGGGCAAUCUGGAGAAGCUAGACUGGGAUGACAUUGAUGAUCUGCUGCAGGUGGAGCGACGUCACACCGAAAAGGAUAAAAACUAUGAAACAAUGCCGGUCAAAUUGCCCUCAUCGUCGUCGCAAUCUUCCAGCGAGAGUUCGCCCAGCAAAACCUGUACCGAAAGCAGUUCUUCCUCCUCCACGGCCACGCAGAAUAAUCAAAUUAAUUCGGCCUCAUCGCCAACAACAACGACGACCACAACAAGCAGCUCGGAUAACUUUAUGACGGCCACCGACUCCUUGACUGCUAAUACAAACACCCAAAACACCAGCACAGUGACCACUACAAACACCACAUUGGAUGAGUACAAGACAUCCGAUGAUGCGACGCUGAAACCGAUGGAUUUCGAGGACUUUAAACGCAGCGUGCAUCAGGAUUAUGUAAAUGGUGCAAAUUCAUUUCAAGAGCCCAAUGAAGAUACGCUGAAACGCAAUCAACCCAUUGAUCCAUCGCGCAUACACGAUUCCCUCAAGCUCUAUGGCGAGAAUUCAGUGAUGAGCAAGAGCUUUAACUGCGAGCAUGCUCUGCGCUCCAUAGAUCCCGCCUUGAUCAAUGAUACGAUGCAUUUGCGCAGCAGCAUCGACUCGCCGCGUUCCUCGCAGCGUCAGUAUGCGCUGCAGAAGAGCGGUUCAGCCUUUGCUUCCACUGCUCCUAGCAGGGAGCAGCAUAAGCCAUUUGAACAGGGCCGCCAGCUGUUCGAGAAGGGCAUUAAUCGCUCGAAGUCGGGACCCAGUUGCUUUGUUUACUCGGACAGCGAUGAUGAUGACGAUGCGACGCUGCGUCCACAUCGUUUGGCCACCGUGCGACGCAGCGAUGUGCCUCAACGAUAUAUACAAAUCCAAAUGAAUUGCUAUCCCAAAGAAGAGACGAGCCGCGGCGACACCUCAUCGGUGUUGAGUGGCGCUGUGGCUGGUGACGAAUUGACGCAGACCGAGGAGCUUUACACGGCCACCGAGGGCAGAGGAACAGCUGGCGAUGGCGUCGAUGGAGCUGGCAACGAGGCGGGAUUGCAUGUGAAUGAGGAUGGCGUUGUGCUGCGUCGACCACCGCGCACCGGAGCUGCGGCAAUCAAACGACGCAGUGGCAAUCGACGAUCUCGCACGAAGCUGAAGCGUCGCUGUUCUAUCAAUGGACAUUUCUACAAUCGAGAAACUUCCUUUUUCACGCCGCCUUACGGCUCGCAGAUGUCCGUUUGGGUUACGUCGCUGGUGACCACUCAAGAGGUUAUUAAUCUGGUGCUGGAGAAGUACAAGGUGGAUAGCGCAGCGGAGAACUUUUCGCUGUUCAUAGUGCGCGACAAUGGAGAGCAAAAGCGUCUGAAGGAUAAUGAAUAUCCGUUGAUAACGCGCAUCACAUUGGGACCUCACGAGGAUGUGGCGCGUUUAUUUUUGGUGGAUGCACGCAAAACUGAUGAAAUCAGUAAUGAAGUUGCUCAAUUUUUGAAUCUGUCGCUGCCUGAGUGCCGCGCCAUACUCGCUGGUUAUGACCAGGAAUUGGCGCGUGAAGUAGUUAAAAUUAAGGAGAGAUAUUCGGAGCUACGUCGUCGCAUUGUGACGCGCAUGGAAUCUCUAAAGGUGCAUCUAUAAAUGCCAAAACGGAAUCUCCCCACAAAAAUACUUUUUUUAUACACUUAUAGCCAUAAUGUUAAAGGCGGCCAAGCAAAAAUAGUAUUCCUUUAUAUUUGAUUUACGUAUUUGUAUUUACUAAUUUCAUUUCAUUAUUAUCAUCAUCAUCAUGAUUAUUAAAGUAGCAUUUAGGCCAAAUCUAACAAAAUAAUUUAGCCCUCGCCCAGUGAAACGAACAAAGCAAUUGUUAGCUGCAAAUUCUUCUCAUUUCUGAUUUCCAAUUUCCAAUUUCCAAUUUCCAUGUAACACUAACCAAACUCAUUUAUACAAGGCAUUUCCAUUUUAGAAAGCGUUUAAGACUUGUAACUAACCAAAAAUAAUUAUUAAUCUGCACAACACAAACACACAAAUUUGCAAUACGUUUACAUGGAUUUGUGUUGAGAAUCAAUCAUAAGCAAUGUAUACAACAAAAUAUGUUAAUUUAACUCUUUAAGUCAAGCCAAUCAACAACAACAACUGCAACACAAUUGAAUGAUUGAUGGACGAAUUGAUGUCACACAGAUGCAAUUUUUUGUAUACCGCAAACAAUAACUAAAUGUAACAUAAGAUGGACUUGUUGAUUGAAA